AUGUCACCAACUUGCUAUCCUUCUGGCCCUUUAGAGGUGCUUGAAACAACCACGCCGGAAGUCUCCUACACGUACCGACAGUGCCGGGAACAAGUCGUUCCUCACACGAGCGUGAUGGACAGUUACGCUCACUACAACCAUAACGCGUUCCGGCAGCGAUCACAGUCGUACGAAGCCGGAGCGGAACAAGCGUCGCAAUUGGCCAACUCUGCGGGAACAAAUCCAUCCGCAUCGUCCUAUAGUCCGUGUCACGAGAACUACAACCCCGUACUAGGGCCUUCACCCACACACCAUCCAAUGCAUGCACCCGCUACACCACGGGACACGCAUCAUCGUCAUCGUGCCUCGUACAGCCCUGCUGAGAAUGCUGGCAACACCAAUCAUUCGCAGCACAAUCCUUUGCGCUAUAUGGCCAACUACGAAGCCUCGCACCACCACCAACAACAACAACAAGCCGCGGCAAAUCAAGCCAUGGUGCAUCUAUUUGCGGCAGCUACACCACACAACACCUAUGGUGUACCAGUCCCUGGUCUGCACCACACACAGCAACACUUUCAAAAUCAGCAGAAUCUGGCGACGGUUGCAGCCACCGCUGCGCUAAAUGCAAACGGCAACAAUAGUAAUCCAUCGUCCUACGAGACGCUAGCGCAAACGGCCCCGGCUCCUUUACACCAACGGCACUCGAGUCUGGAUGAGCUUCUCUUGUUAUCACCCUCGCUAUUGGCGGAUGUCGGUUUGGAACCGUUGCCGGCAGCCGUCAGUCAUACCAAUUCAAUUAGUUCCGGAUCGAAUGGCUCGGGCAACAGUCUCGCAUCGGUGGCUUUUAAUCCGAGAAGGAAUCCUGGUACUCACAGUCAAUCGCAUGCGCGAUCAGAGCCGCUGGAUCUCUACCGGGACAAUUUUGCGCUUCCUCCGCCAUCUCAAACGGUUUCGUCUCACCAGUCAUCCCCAAGUACACGGCAUUUGUUCCAACCCCCAGUCGCUGCCGUGUCGGAAACGUACAGCAAUCCACAGGAGUCUUUUUUAGAUGAGCUUACCUUGCAAGUUCCGGGCCUGUCACUCGAACCAAUACCCGGUCGGGACGUCUUGGAACGGCUCCGAACCAACAUGAACGAUGUACUCACGCGAUACAUACCGUGUGUCGAUUUUCUGGUGCAGUGUCAACAAGACUUGCGCAAAGGCUUGGCAGCCGCAACGAGCAAAGUACGGAAGGGUUCGCGACACGUUGAUAGGAUGACCGCACGCCAAUUCUACGGCACGUUCGUCGAAUCUUUGCCGGGGAAAUUUUAUUUAAAGAAUCAGUACAUAAUGGAAAAUGCCGCCCUGCAAACGGCAACGCAAGGCUUGCAGAAACUUAAAUCGGAUGCCAAAGCGUCCGAGAGACAAGGUUGUGAAGCCAUCAAGAAUUGUUUUCUCGGUGGCAUGAAAGAAGGAGAGUCUUGGGGAUUGCGCAAAUGGUUGUCGCAAAACGGAAACGCCUUGAGGAUAUGUACCGACUUGGAGUGCAUACUCAAAGCAAUGCAGAAUUUGGACAAAACAGCGUCAAUCACGAUUCAACUGGCGGAAUUACUGCGACCUAUAGCGCAGCGUGCAUUGGAUCGGUUAAAAGCGGACGUACCUGCCUCCUACCAAGAGCGAAGUGCGGCCCAUCCGUAUCUCCCCUUUUUUCACAGGCUUGAAGCAGCCCUCCGGGGGGUGGCCACUUUCGAUCCUACCGAAGAUGAUGUCAUUUGCGUGGAUGAUUCGGACGACGAAAACGAUGCGGACGAAGUUUUGGAUGUGACGAUUCAGCCGUUAGCGCCCCCACGAUCCCGAUCAAAGGUGCCUGCAGUCGAGGUAACCACCCAGCACUGGCUCACUGGCUUUGAGAGUAAAAAACGAAAAGCCGACUCUUCGGAAGACGAAACGGAAUCUCAAAUACCGGCGAAGCGGUUUACCCGUGUUCUCAAGAUUUCCGACAGAAGUGAGGAAUCUGCUAGCGUUGGGGAAGGACAGCUUUCGUUUAAAGAUGACGGCGAUAAUUUCAGCUCGUCGGGAGAAUCAGACAACGAAAGUGUGGUCGAAGUUGUUGGUGUUCAACCCGCGCAGAGCGAAGUCAAUAAUCGCAAUCGGACACUAUCCAGAACGGAUGAUUGGGUCUGCUCGUCUUGCUCUAUAUUGAACGCUCCCAGCGACAGUAAUUGUUUGGCAUGUGGAGACGAGAAUUACAUGAAAGAUCUGGUCUUUUUCAAGACGUUGGGGGAACCAAUCAACGUGAAGACUGGAUUACCAGCUUCGAAAGUCGCUCAGCAACGAAAGGAACUGAUACACGACAUGGCAAUAUCCCGCGAGAUAUGGCCUGCAAUGACAGAGGACCAAAUGCAAGAGGCCGCGAGUUUAGCAUAUACAAUGGCGGAUUCUUUGGACCAGCUGGCCGUCGUUUUCGAAGAGGGUCAGAUGCUUAGUGUUCGGCCGCCGAAUAUUACGGUGGUGGGCUUUUGGGACGGUGAUCGGUACGGCAGUGCACUCCGACUUUUGGGAGAAAUUUUACGCAAGUCGGAGGCGAUCUUCUUCCUGGAUCGCGUCGACGAAGAUUAUCUUAUUUCGCGAGGUCUUAGACCCUACUCACAUGUCAUCAAGCAUCCACUAUCCUUUCGAGACAUUGUUGGCGCUUUGGUAGAAUUCCCAGAGGAAAUGAAUACAAACCCGUCGUACAGUAAUGGCCAUCUGCCCGUACGAGGCUUGGCAUCUUGGAACAUGUGGAAAGGAGCCGACUUGCUCCAAGCUAUCGACUUAGUCUUUUUGAAUUGUUUGGCAUAUGGAAAGGCUGUCGUCGAGGUGCUAUCGUGCGGCAACAUGUGGGUACUGAGAGUGGACGCAGAAAGCUAUACACGCCGACACGACGAUCAGAAACGAGUGGGUUUGUGGUUUACAAGAUAAAGGAGAGAUAGCAUAUUGUUUUUGCGGGAUGACGAGAUUUGUGUCAAGCGUCGUAGUAAUACAGAAUAGCCCCAGAACCUACGUCACGGUUGUUAA